AUGCAGCGUUUCCAGUUUCCAGUCUCUGGGCUGUUCAUUCAAAUCCUUUGCGCUUCAAUUCUUUGCUGCAAAGGAUUCAAUCCCUCUAGUCCCGCCUACAUCAACACAAAGCCUGGAAAUCUGUUGGCAAUCAAAAACAGCUCGCAAGAUUAUGAUGACCUUCGAGACGAGUCAGAUGUUGAUAGUGAAUCAAUGGAAUCACUUGCCUCUGAAAUUUUCCGCAACCUUCCACACAAAGAAAAGUUUUCAAACGUUAGUAUCCUCGACCUGGGCUGUGGAACCCGCAUGUUGUGGGAGAAGCUUAUUGAAGAAGCUGAAAAAUCAUCAUUGGACUUACAAAUCACAGGAGUUUUAGAUUCUCACAAGUUGGCGAAAGGGGCUUCAAAGAGAUCUUCGCAGCUGCUUCAGAGUCACAGCGAUUCCAACCACGAAAUCGACGUAGUGCAAUCUAGCAUUUUGCACCAUAUUCAAAGCUUGGACAAAUCUUCGAAAUUUGAUUGCGCUUUACUCAAUUCCUGGAUUGUAGAUCAGAGCUUCGAGCUGCGUGAUAUUUUGGUGGAGACACUGGACCAUGGCAUCGAAAAGAUAUUAAUCUACAAAGCGGAGGGCGUAGAUUCGAAUGAUUCGAGGUCAUUGCCCCAAAACUCGAUAGAAGUUGCGAUGGUGAUUCAUCAGCUGCCACUAAAGCUGUCAAAACUGGUAAAUGACUCGUAUUACUUUGUUGCACUAGAGAAACGCCGUGGGGUUGAUCUGGAAUACAUUCAUCGAUACAAGGGAGCAGUCAGUAACGGAUACGGGCGUGGUGGAAAAAAACUAGGAGUCCCAACCGCAAACCUUCCUUCUAGCCUUUUCCAGCAGGCACUUGGAGAUGUUGGCACUGGAGUGUACUUUGGUUGGGCGGCAAUCGGGGGUCAUCCCGGGAAGACGUUCAAAGCAGUUGUUAAUGUUGGGUAUUCUCCUACCUUUGAAGGUACCGAAAACAAGGAAAAAAUCAUCGAAGCCCAUUUGAUUUUGAAGAACGGUGAAGAGCUUGACGAUUUCUACGGUUCUGCCUUGACGCUCAAGCUUGUAGGAUUCCUCAGGUCAGAACGAAAAUUCGAUAGUUUCCCUGCUUUGAUUGCUCAAAUCAAUGCAGAUAUAAAUGAUUCUGAUAGUUUGCUCGAUGAAACUCCAUUUAAGGAUCUGAGGGAGGACAAUAUUUUUGAUAUGUCAAAAACUUGGAUCGGAAGCGGAGGUGGUGACGAGGAUGCAAGCUGGGAGUUUUCGUUGAUGUUGACAGCGAUGGAGAGUAUGGCAGGAUCUUCAUAA